AUGAUGGAAGAACCUAAAGAACAGCCAGUCCAAGCAGCUCCAUCAGCAGAGGAGGAGCUUGCCAGGGUGCGGUCAGCCUUUGUCUGGAGGGUAACAACAGAAAUCCUCACACAGCUCCUUGAGGCCCUCGUAUGUGACACUGUUUUAAAUGAGUUGGAGAAAGAAUCGAUACUGGAGAAGAACCCAGCCAGAGCAGAUAAGGCACGCAGCUUCAUCGACACAGUGAGGAAAAAAGGAGACACAGCCUGCAGGAUAAUGAUCAGACAUCUUCAGAUCAAAGAUCCUUCUCUUUUCUCUCAGCUGCGUUUAGACUCUGAUCCAUCUGCUCAACAAGAUGCUCUUCAGAAGUGUCAGCCUAAACUUAAAUCUGUACUAAAGAAGAAGUUCCAGUGUGUGUUUGAGGGCAUCGCUAAAGCAGGAAACCCAACCCUUCUGAAUGAGAUCUACACAGAGCUCUACAUCACAGAGGGAGGGACUGCAGAGGUCAAUGAUGAACAUGAGGUCAGACAGAUUGAAACAGCAUCCAGGAAACCAGACAGACCAGAAACAACAAUCAGACAAGAAGACAUCUUUAAAGACACACCCGAAAGACAGGACCUGAUCAGAACAGUGCUGACAAAGGGAGUGGCUGGCAUUGGGAAAACAGUCUUAACACAGAAAUACAGCCUGGACUGGGCUGAAGACAAAGCCAACCAGCACAUCCAGUUCAUAUUUCCAUUCACUUUCAGAGAGCUGAAUGUGCUGAAAGAGGAAAAGUUCAGCUUGGUGGAACUUGUUCAUCACUUCUUCACUGAAACCAAAGAAGCAGGAAUCUGCAGCUUUGAAGACUUCCAGGUUGUGUUCAUCUUUGAUGGUCUGGAUGAGUGUCGACUUCCUCUGGACUUCCACAAAACUAAGAGUGUGACUGAUGUUACGAUGCCCACCACAGUUGAUGUACUUCUCACAAGCCUGAUCACGGGGAAGCUUCUUCCCUAUGCUCGCCUCUGGAUAACCACACGACCUGCUGCAGCAGACCAGAUCCCCCCUGAGUAUGUUCACAGGGUGGCAGAGGUCAGAGGGUUCACUGACCCACAAAAGGACAAGUACUUCAGGAACCGAUUCAGAGAUGAGGAGCAGGCCAGCAGGAUCAUCUCCCACAUCAAGACAUCACGAAGCCUCCACAUCAUGUGCCACAUCCCAGUCUUCUGCUGGAUCACUGCUACAGUUCUGGAGCGUGUCCUGAAAACCAGAGAGGGAGGACAGCUGCCCAAGACCCUGACUGAGAUGUACAUCCACUUCCUGGUGGUACAGGCCAAAGUGAAGAAGGUCAAGUAUGAUGGAGGACCUGCAACAGAUUCACAGUGGAAUCCAGAAAGCAGGAAGAUGAUUGAGUCACUGGGAAAACUGGCUUUUGAUCAGCUGCAGAAAGGAAACCUGAUCUUCUAUGAAUCAGACCUGACAGAGUGUGGCAUCGAUAUCAGAGCAGCCUCAGUGUACUCAGGAGUGUUCACACAGAUCUUUAAAGAGGAAAGUGGACUGUACCAGGACAAGGUGUUCUGCUUCAUCCAUCUGAGUGUUCAGGAGUUUCUGGCUGCUCUUCAUGUCCAUCUGACCUUCAUCAACUCUGGACUCAAUCUGCUGGAAGAGGAACAAACAACCUCCAAGCGGUCUGAAACAAGAGAAUCUGCAGCGAUGCACUUCUACCAGAGUGCUGUGAACAAGGCCUUACAGAGUCCAAAUGGACACCUGGACUUGUUCCUCCGCUUCCUCCUGGGUCUUUCACUGCAGACCAAUCAGACUCUCCUACGAGGUGUGCUGACACAGACAGGAAGUAGCUCACAGACCAGUCAGGAAAUAGUCGAGUACAUCAAGAAGAAGCUCAGUGAGAAUCUGUCUGCAGAGAAAAGCAUCAAUCUGUUCCACUGUCUGAAUGAACUGAAUGAUCGUUCUCUAGUGGAGGAGAUCCAACAGUCCCUGAGAUCAGGAAGUCUCUCCACAGAUGAACUGUCUCCUGCUGAGUGGUCAGCUCUGGUCUUCAUCUUACUGUCAUCAGAAAAAGAUCUGGAUGUGUUUGACCUGAAGAAAUACUCUGCUUCAGAGGAGGCUCUUCUGAGGCUGCUGCCAGUGGUCAAAGCCUCCAACAAAGCUCUGUAA